AAAAAAUCGUGACUCAAUACACACAAAACGCUGUGCUACAACAAAUGCUAACUUAAAUUCAUAACGUUCACGUAGAGACGUUUAACAAGAAAAUUAACCGUACAAAAGGAUUUAAAUCAAAUCCAAUUUCAGUCGCAUACAUACAGGCCAUAAUAUAUGUACACACAACAGUGUCUCGAUCGUUCAUCUACGUUGAUCAAUUCAGUUGUGCUUGAAUAUUUGAGUGAAUAGGACUGUGUAUACUCGUUGUCCGGUCAAUACAAAACAGUUAAUUGAUAAGAUUGGUGAUUUGUUCGAAUUAAAAAAGUGAACUUUCGUCUUUAUUAUGCCAAUAUGAUGACUGGCGUCCAAAUUAUCAGCUUUUGUGUUCUUUUUGUUGGAGCUUUGGCAACUAAACCUCCAAAAUGGGACGAAACGUACACAGUCAAGGGAACAAUUAACAUUCCAUACGCCGAAAUAGCCGAACCAUUUUAUGCUUGGUACGACAAACCGUCCGGUCGUUCUCGCAUCGAUUAUUAUGGUGGAAUGGUGAAAACAUAUCAAUUGAAUCAUUACGGAACGUAUGGUGCAUCGCUGAAAAUUGCACCAGUUACAACCGAUGAUUCUCUGAACAAGGAGACCUGUCUGCAAGUGAAUGGUACAGCCGAUUAUCGUAUUCAGCCGCAGACAAUUUUGCCGAAUUGUACCGAUUUUCAAUUGGCUGGAACCGAUGACAUGUUGGGACAACGUUGCGAUAAAUUCAUUUAUGAAGAGCAAAUUGGUCAGAAGAGAAAUACCUACACGUUGUGGGUUCGUUACGAAAAGUCGCCCAAAUAUCCAGGAUCACGUAUGCCGAUACCGGUUCGCUAUGAAAUGCGAGGCUUCAAUUCAUUGCUUGGAUCCCAUUACGAUCAUUACUAUUUGGAUUAUGACUCCUACAGCCAUGAAGAUAUACCGAACGAAGUCUUCGAAGUCGAUGCUGAGCUGACUUGCGUCAGUUUCCCCGGACCGGGAAAUGGACACUAUGCCACCUUCAAUCCCAUGAAAGAAUAUAUGCAUCCUCAUGACUACAGUCACGUUGAUCACGAGUUCAGGCGUUUCAUUGGCAAACACGGUAAACAGUAUGACACCGUUGAAGAACAUGAAAGACGAAAAUCGACCUUCAUGCAGAAUUUGAGAUUCAUUCAUUCAAAGAACCGAGCCAAAUUGGGAUACAGCCUAGGCGUGAACCAUUUAACCGACAAAACGAAAGACGAGCUGAAGGCGUUGAAUGGCUUCCGUUCGUCAGGAGUGUACAAUGGCGGCAAACCAUUCCCUUACAACGUCUCGAGUGCCAAGUUUGCUUCUCUUCCUGAUCAAUACGAUUGGAGAUUGUACGGCGCAGUAACACCGGUCAAGGAUCAAUCAAUUUGUGGAUCAUGUUGGUCGUUCGGAACCAUUGGUGCGAUUGAGGGCGCUUUCUUUUUGCGAAACGGUGGUAACUUAGUUCGCCUGUCGCAACAAGCUUUGAUCGACUGCUCAUGGGGAUACGGCAAUAACGGAUGUGAUGGCGGCGAAGAUUUCCGAGCAUAUCAAUGGAUGUUGAAAAUGGGCGGUGUUCCAACUGAAGAGGAAUACGGUGGAUAUUUGGGACAGGAUGGAUAUUGUCACGUUCAGAAUGUUACUCUUCAAGCACCAAUCACCGGCUGGGUUAAUGUAACGGCUGGAGAUGCGAACGCCAUGAAAAUAGCUUUGUUGAAGCACGGACCAAUCUCGGUUGCUAUUGACGCCUCUCACAAAACAUUCAGUUUUUAUUCGCACGGAGUCUAUUACGAACCGAAAUGCGGUAACACAGAGGAAGAACUGGAUCAUGCUGUCCUGGCAGUUGGAUAUGGUACGAUGAAUGGUGAACUGUAUUGGUUGGUCAAGAAUUCGUGGUCGAAUUAUUGGGGCAAUGAUGGAUAUAUUCUCAUGUCAGCCAGAGAUAAUAAUUGCGGAGUACUGACCACUCCAACUUAUGUUACUAUGUAAACAUUUAACAUCAUUUUUCCAACCAAUUUUCUUUUGUAGCAUUUGCACUGAUUUUUUAAAUAAAUUUUAAUAAAAAUU